GUCUGGUCUCGCGUGUGGAAGAUCCAUGACAAGUCGCGUCUGUUUUUCUUCUUCAUUCUCACACUGCACCAUUAGCCUCCCGCUGAUUAGGUACCAACAACUAUGGAGGUCUUGCGUCAAGCCCCGAACCCUUCCUCUUUCGUCCCCUUGGUAGAGCAUCAUUCAGCCACCCCGGCAUCAUUUUAUGAAGGUCCUCCCGUGCUGCACUACUACAGCGAUCGCAGCAAACUCAUUGUUCUCGACAGCGAGAGCGAUGUUGCACCUGGUCUGGCCUCUCUCCUUGCCGUAGCCAAGUCGGAGACUGAGGCAAACGGUGCUGAAAGCAACGGCGAUGCUCAUUCAUCAAAUACCCAGAAGGUGGUGGAAGAUGUGGAUGUUUGGGUGACUUCAGAUAAACUCUUCCUCUAUUCCAACGCUGCCUCGUCUGGUGUUUCGAUCCCCUACCCCAGCAUCUCUCUCCACGCCAUACAAACCCUUCCCACGCCAUCUUCUAUGGAGCAACAGGGCGUCUACCUGCAAAUUAUCACAUCGUCCGAGGACGCAGGAGACGAAGAUCUAGAGCCCGAAUCCAUCUCUUUGACAAUUGUGCCCACCGCAGCUGCGCCGCCGGAUGUGGCUUCUGAGCGGGACCCGGCCGAAGACAAGCCCGAGCAAACUCCAGUGUCGGCCAUGUUCACCGCUCUGUCAAACUGCUCCAAUCUUCAUCCUGACCCUCAUGACUCUGACGAAGACGAAGAUGGUCAAGGCAGUCGGUUGUUUCAGGCGGGCCUCGCUUUUCCAGGCACAGAAGACGGAGGUUUGCCUCCUGCCAUGCCUGGCAGUGGUGGCUGGAUUACUGCCGAAAACAUGCACGAAUUCGUCGAUGAGGAUGGUAAUUGGAUUGAGACCCACGACGAGGAGGGAGGUGAAGAAGAGGAAGAAAAUAUCCCUCUUGGGCCCGGGGCUGGCAACAUCCGCACACGACAAGAAGAUGAGGCUGAAACCGAUGAAGCAAAAUGGAGGAGAACUUCGUGAGUUGUGGUCUUGCAUGCUGGGUGACUAUCAAGCUACGCAUGUCUGGGUUACAACUCCAGGUCACAUAUGUGAGUCUACAAUGUUGCCUUCAGGCCCUGGUGCGUCCACCGUGGGCCUAGGAGCAGUUUCGGUAAGCCGAUAUCCCCAAGACAGUACACCACUCUUCUCUCUAGUAAUUGAAGUUUGGUUGCUGGUACUGCUGUGGGUCGUACUGAUCGGCAUCACGAUAAUGUUCGUCAUAUGCUUCGUGUGCACGUCUUUCGGCGUGUCUCUUGGCCUCGAUACGAUCAUACUCAUCCAAACCCUUGGUCUCGGCCAACUUGUCCACCUCGGCACCGACGAAUCCUGCCAACAACUCCUUAGCAAAGCCGUGAGAGACUACCUUGCCUUUUGAUCAUGUCAGUGGAAGGCUGCGUUGUGCCGGGGGAGAAGAUCAGAUCGUGUACCUUCACGUCGUUGACGAUCCUCAAAAAGUUUCAUGCCCUCGAAAGCGGCUGCACCGCCGAUAAGCUCGUGAGAGAACUUUGCUUCGUGCUCACCCCCGCCAUAGACUUGUUCGUGGGCAUCACGGUUAUCGUCUGUUCUUCGGUCAAUCAAGACGUGGAUGCAUCUGACAGCGUGCCAAUACAUACCGAACCAACCCAUAAUGACGGUAGACGAGAUUUCUUGGUGACUGAUGAUUGAAUGUUCACAGACUAUGGAUGGGGGUAGAGCGUUAGGAAGGUGGAAGAUCAGAGGCUGGAUACCAACGACUAAAAG